GUCUGCAUUCCGGUUCCCCAAUCGUCUCCUCCUCUUUUGCCCAGCGCCAGCGGGAUGGAACAGAUGGAGGCGACGACCUUGAAGAGCUUGUCACGCUUGUCCCAUGUGGGGGUUUGUCGCAGCGAUUUCCGGGUCCAUCAGUUGAUAAUCGCUGACACCAAGGUACCGCCGACUCGUUUUCGUGGAACUGGCGAGGUCUUUUAUCAGCCUCUCCAUAUCCAGAGCGACACCGGCCCAGCAUGUGAAUAAAUAUCAGUCGACAUCUCCUCCAUCAUCUCGGCCUCGCUUCUUUGUCUGAGAGAGAUCAGCUGGAGUUUUCCCACCCUCAACCGAACAACCAGACUUGACUGCCUUGGUAUCGCCACUUCUUUUGGGGUGUCAUCCUGCAGAUCACGACCCGUGUCACCCUGCAGCCCAGUCUUUCGGUUCCCCGUCUCGUCCUCACGUGCAUAUCGUCAUCACAACCUGUGCCAGUCCGUGUACUGGUGUUUCGACAACUCGCCGAAUCGAAAUCAUCCGAAAGUCAGCACGAAAGUCGCGGACUUCACCCCUCGACACGUCUUGCCAAAGUCCAUUUCCGUCAGAAAGAGUCGCCAAAAUGGACAUGGAUACUGCAACUACUACCGCUCGCCCGGAAAAGGCCCACGGCUCAAGACUGGGUUACUUGGCGGACAAGAUCGCUGUCAAAUCAGAGCCUGGGUUGACCAGCGCUCAGCUGAUGUUGACGAACCAUGAUCUCAAACCAGUUGAGCCCGAGAGACGGCAAUGGGGACCUUGGAACUUCGUCGCUUUCUGGGUCGCUGACUCCUUCAACGUCAACACAUGGAUGAUUUCGUCCUCCAUGAUUGUAGGUGGUCUUUCUUGGUGGCAGUCUUGGCUCUGUGUCUGGAUCGGCUACGCCAUUGCUGGAUGCUUCAUCUGCAUGACUGGUCGCAUCGGUGCAGUGUACCACAUUGGUUUCCCCGUUGUCAACAGAUCAUCUUUCGGAAUCUGGGGAAGUUUGUGGCCCGUUUUCAACCGUGCCGCCAUGGCUUGUGUUUGGUACGGUGUCCAGGCCUAUAUCGGCGGCCACUGCGUUUACCUGAUGAUCCGUUCCAUCUGGAAGUCUUGGGACCGAGAGACGAUUCCGAACACUUUCUCUGCAUCUUCCGGCACUACCACCGCUGACUGGGUGUCUUUCUUCCUCUUCUGGGUGCUGUCGUUGCCCGCCAUCUGGUUUCCCGUUCACAAGAUCCGACACCUGUUCACGGUCAAGUCGUACAUCGUCCCAUGCGCUGGAAUCGCCUUCAUGAUCUGGGCCAUUGUCCGCGCUGGCGGCAUCGGUCCCAUCGUUCGUCAGCCCGCAAAGCUUCACGGCAGCGACUUGGCCUGGGAAUUCGUCAAGGGCGUCAUGUCGUCCAUCGCCAACUUUGCAACCCUCAUCGUCAACGAUCCCGAUUUCUCCCGUUUUUCCAAGAAGCCGAACGAUGCUCUCUGGUCUCAGCUCUUCACGAUUCCGAUCGGCUUUGCAUUUACCUCAUUCAUCGGCAUUAUGGUGUCUUCUUCCUCGGCAGUCAUCUACGGUGAGGAGAUUUGGGAUCCCCUUAAGCUUCUCGAGAGAUUCAUCGACGACGGCGGUUCCGCUCAGCGAUUCGGUGUGUUCGUCAUCGCUUUUGCGUUUGCUCUGGCCCAACUCGGUACCAAUAUUGCUGCCAACUCCGUUUCCGCAGGUACCGAUAUGACAGCUCUGCUACCCCGGUACUUGAGCAUCCGUCGCGGUGGAUACAUCUGCGCCGCUAUCGGUCUGGCCAUGUGCCCGUACACCCUUCUCACGGAUUCCAACAAAUUCACUACCUACCUUUCGGCAUACAGCGUCUUCCUGAGCUCCAUCGCAGGCGUCAUGUGCUCUGACUACUACGUCGUCAGAAAGGGGUACCUCGAGAUCAGAGAGCUGUACGAUGCGCGCAAGACCGGCCCGUACUUCUUCACCUACGGCUUCCACUGGCGUGGGUAUGCCGCCUACAUUGCCGGAAUCUUGCCCAAUGUGGUCGGAUUCGUCGGUGCGAUUGGCGUUGAUGUCCCUAUCGGCGCGACAUACAUCUACAACCUCAACUUCUUCGCUGGAUUCAUCGUCUCUGGUGGCGUGUACUGGGGCCUGUGCAAGAUCUCUCCUAUCCCCGCCACCAGCGACAAGUGGAUGGAAGUUGGAGAGGAAAUUGAUGAUAUCCGUGUCGCUUAUGAUGCUAGCAGUAGCCAGGACUACGAUGAGGAGAGAGUUCUUGGCCCUUCCAAGGGCAUUGAUGAUGGAGCUAAGCAUGUUUGAAAAGGAGUAAAAGGUUUAUGAAGGGGUCGGUGAUUUGGAUUUGGAUGAUACCAUUGUUGUGCAAAAAGGGGUUGCAGAUUUGCGGGUUUUCUUGAG